AUGAACGCGCAGCUGACCAUGGAGGCGAUCGGGGAGCUGCACGGCGUGAGCCAUGAGCCGGUGCCUGCCCCUGCUGACUUGCUGGGCGGUAGCCCCCACGCGCGAAGCUCCGUGGCGCACCGCGGCAGCCACCUGCCCCCCGCGCACCCGCGCUCGAUGGGCAUGGCGUCCUUGCUGGACGGCGGCAGCGGCAGCGGCGAUUACCACCACCACCACCGGGCCCCCGAGCACAGCCUGGCCGGCCCCCUGCACCCCACCAUGACCAUGGCCUGCGAGACUCCCCCAGGUAUGAGCAUGCCCACCACCUACACCACCUUAACCCCUCUGCAGCCGCUGCCGCCCAUCUCCACCGUCUCGGACAAGUUCCCCCACCAUCACCACCACCACCACCACCACCACCACCCGCACCACCACCAGCGCCUGGCAGGCAAUGUGAGCGGUAGCUUCACGCUCAUGCGGGACGAGCGCGGGCUGGCCUCCAUGAAUAACCUCUAUACCCCUUAUCACAAGGACGUGGCCGGCAUGGGCCAGAGCCUCUCUCCCCUCUCCGGCUCCGGUCUGGGCGGCAUCCACAACUCCCAGCAAGGGCUCCCCCACUAUGCCCACCCGGGCGCCGCCAUGCCCACCGACAAGAUGCUCACCCCCAAUGGCUUCGAAGCCCACCACCCGGCCAUGCUCGGCCGUCACGGGGAGCAGCACCUCACGCCCACCUCGGCCGGCAUGGUUCCCAUCAACGGCCUUCCUCCACACCACCCACACGCCCACCUGAACGCCCAGGGCCACGGGCAACUCCUGGGCACGGCCCGGGAGCCCAACCCUUCGGUAACCGGUGCGCAGGUCAGCAAUGGAAGUAAUUCAGGGCAGAUGGAAGAGAUCAAUACCAAAGAGGUGGCGCAGCGUAUCACCACCGAGCUUAAGCGCUACAGCAUACCACAGGCCAUCUUCGCGCAGAGGGUGCUCUGUCGCUCCCAAGGGACCCUCUCGGACCUGCUGCGCAACCCCAAACCCUGGAGCAAACUCAAAUCCGGCCGGGAGACCUUCCGGAGGAUGUGGAAGUGGCUGCAGGAGCCGGAGUUCCAGCGCAUGUCUGCGCUCCGCUUAGCAGCAUGCAAAAGGAAAGAGCAAGAACACGGGAAAGAUAGAGGCAACACACCCAAAAAGCCCAGGUUGGUCUUCACAGAUGUCCAGCGUCGAACUCUACAUGCAAUAUUCAAGGAAAAUAAGCGUCCAUCCAAAGAAUUGCAAAUCACCAUUUCCCAGCAGCUGGGGUUGGAGCUGAGCACCGUCAGCAACUUCUUCAUGAACGCAAGGAGGAGGAGUCUGGACAAGUGGCAGGACGAGGGCAGCUCCAAUUCGGGCAACUCAUCUUCUUCAUCAAGCACUUGUACCAAAGCAUGA